UGCAGAGAUCUCGAGAGGAAUAUUGUUUUGUUUUGGCAGUCCAGCUCUUGUCUUCACGAUCACAGUCAUAGGGAGUUUUGCUCAUCGCGUCAACCUCUGUCACAAGUAACUCACUUUCUGCGUGGCUGCCCGGACGAGCUCAGGCCCCAAACGAUUUUACUAGUAUUCUGUUUCCGAAGUAUUGGAGUAAAAAAUUAUCAUUUCGUUGAGGAUGUCGCGGACACGAGACGAAGGGUGAGCAAAGACCUGUAUGCACUCCUGUUCAUAGCGGAGUGACUUUAUUCUCCGUGAUCGACGAGUGUUUCAAGAGACAUCAACAGUAUGGAGGUCAAGGCGUUCCACUAUCUAACCGACAAACAUAUAUCGGUCUCAGCCAAAUCACUGGAAUGGUCUCCGAAGUUCGAUCUGGUCUUGAUGGUGUCCAGAGAAGGAUCUGUGUCACUACAUCGCUCUAGCACAUGGCAGAAGAUCUGGGAGAUUUGUCCUGACGCGGAGCGCACAGGUGCAGCGACAUCUGUGUGUUGGAGACCUGAUGGUCGUGUGGUGGCCAUUGGUCACGAGAGAGGCCACAUUCGCAUUUUCACCCUGGAGAACGCUGUGCUCAAUGGCGUGGCGCAGGGGCCAGCCUGUGUGCAUGAGAUCAUCAUGACAUCGUCACAUGCAGACGAGCCCAGUGAACAGAGCCACCGUGGUGCUGCCGUCUCCUGUCUGGAGUGGUUUGUUGAGCAGGAUGGCUGCCAUGGUGACAGGGACAAGACUGCCGAGUAUGUACAGACUGGAAAUUCGUUGCAACCUGAAGUACCCAACGUCGCUGUUCAAUGGUUUGGUGAACAACGCGAUGGCUCGUGUCGCCGUGAGCUCGGUUUGGAUAGUAAAGAAUGUUUGCUGCCGCAGGACAAUCUAGAUAUGUUGGUGGUCGGUACUUGCGACGGGACUGUCUCGCUGUACCUGUGUGGUCUGUUACGUGUCUGCGAGCUACGGCACGAUGGUGCGGCUGUUGCGGAUGUGUGUCUCUCGUCAGACUGGUCGCAGCUAGGUGUGAUAUGCGCGGCCAGCGGACAGAAGCACAGCGAUGCGUCGUCAACGGCCGCUGGUAGCAGUGAGCGUCGUCAUGUGCACGACGUGAGCGCUAUCGUGACGCGCCGUCCUGAGCUGGUAGCGGUCUGUCAGUUGUACGGCGUGAUGAUGUCAUUGUGCGAUUACAUCACCUGGUCUAUACAAAUUAUCAUUGACUCAUGGGAGGAUGUCAUGGAGCAGAUAAACGAGAAGCUGUCAGCGAUGGCAACAGAGCUGGGUAACUCGAUGGGCGAAGUCAAGAUUGGUAGUGUGCUCCUACGCCUGCUGGUUCGCGGUACGUUACCGUGGCAAGCGGCCGUGUUCCUGGAACGCGAGCUAAGCGAGGGCGCGCUCUACCGCGUCUCCACUCGCCUGACGUCGUGCUACGAGACUAUCCGUGCCACCGUGGUCAGCUCCCUGCAGCCUGUGCUGCUCUAUCUCAUGAGCAAGUGCCAAGACGCCCUCGGCUUUGCAUCUUUUCACUGCAAGUUUGCGUGCCUUGGUCUGGACGCGACGGCGUUUAGGAAGUGCAUGAACGCAGUGGCAACUCUCACCCUGAAAUGUUCCGAGCUGAUCUCGGUCAUGCUGAUGUCAUCGAAAGACAUUGAGUCGUUCCUGGCGUGGCUAACAUGCGCCUCGUCCAUCGUUCAGUCGACGAUCAAGACGAAGAGCGAUCCGGAUGCCGUCAAGUACUCCAUGACCCGGUCGCAACUUUGCAGUGUCGGAAAGUUCAUCUCUGCCAGCCUCUGCUGUGAGUCUGACCCACAAGAGUCUAACAUGGAACCUAUAAAAAUAGACAGGUCCGGCACUAGUCUGCAGCAGCAGGAGCAGCAGUUCAACAUUGAAAAAGUCGGUCAGUACCUCCGCGACAAACCGCUGACUUCGCCGUACAAACAGCCCGUCGCCGACAAUGAUAAUGACUUGCUGCUGGAACUACGAUCGGUUGUGGAGCAAUUUGACUGGUCGUAUACACACGAUCCCAGCACGUCUCUCGUUCAAGAUUUCAGGUCACUGACCAGUACAGUGACGGAGGCAUUCGCUGCUGUUGUGCCUGCCUUCAAUCACCUCUUGUCUUCUGGUCCACCAUUAGCAUUACCCAGUGGGCCGGUUUGUCAGUCUAGCUGUUAUGUCCCGCAUCGGUUUUCCUCAGCAUCCCUGCUAGAGGGCCAGAGUAAAUCCGGCAUAGCUCACGUUGCCUUGCACGAUGACUCUAUAUCUGUAGUACUGAUCACGCACUCCACUCGAGCGCUGAACGUGUACUUUGCGGAUGAGAGCACUGGCUGCCGCUACGGUGUGGUGGACGCUCAGUGGUACAGCGAGAAGCAGAGUGUGCGUUCUCGUUACACGCUCACUGUCCUGCUCAGCGUCACCGAUGGCAGCGCAAUGCUCGGCCAGCUUCAUUUGGAGCGGCUGCUGGGUCACUUUGCCGCGGUGGACGCCACCACCACACGCCUGUGUAAUGAUACCAAUGGCAGUGGCAGUGAGAUGAGUGAGGUGGCUAGCAGUGAGGACAGCAGCAGCAGCAGCAGCAGCUGGUCUACAUGUACAGUACCCGCGGUCAAUGCUCUGGACUGCAUGGAGCUGCGGCGCGAUGUAGAGCUGAACAAAGUGGCUGGCUUUGCGGUCAGCGGCAACCGGCAGUUAUCAGCCAUUGUGGCCGGCAACUCUCGCUACCUGCGCUUCUACGACAUGGCUCAGGAACAAGAAGAUAGUGAUGAAGACGAGGAAGAUGAUGAUGAGGCCGACGGUGAAGACGAUGGCAGUGCCGGUGAAACUAAUGAACAAGCAACUAGUCCGGUUGACUCAGCCGGCGAAGUUCUUAGUCCGUCCACGUCUGAUAUAGAAUGUGACUAGUGCUGGUGAUUUGUGCUCAGCUGGUAGUACUGAAACACAGCUGAAACCCCUGGUGGCGCUGGCUCCCGGUCUAUUAUCUAUGUUGAUGUAUGUACAUCUACUUUUUUUGUGAUGUAGCAUUCUCAACUCAUCCUUGAGAGACCAAUGUGCAUGCGUGUGUGUGUGUGUGUGUGUGCGCGUGCGUGCGUGCAUGUGUGAUACAUCCGGCGCUUGAAGCUCAGCUACUUUAUUUUUUUAUGACUUGUACUACACAACAAAUAGCCCAGAUUUUAGUGGCUUUGCCCCACAGCAAAUGUUUUAGGCCGUACAGGAGUACUAGUAACAGGUGUUGAUAUUAGUUUGUUGCUAUGGCUGGUCCAUACCAUUUUUGUUUUGUUUUUCACUCCAUAUUUGAAACUCUCUUGGAUGUUGCAUUCGAGACGCAAUCAA